AUGGCGGCCGUUGAGGCGCAGCCACAAACAAAUUCCCUUACAAGUGGAGGAUGGGACACUUCUUCCUGGGGAUUAAAUUCUAAUGCAGAACCUCAAACUCAGCCUAUAUCUACGACAGCAAUCACCAAACCUGUUAGGAGGACAGUAGUAGAUGAAUCUGAAAACUUCUUCAGUGCCUUUCUCUCUCCAGUGGAUGUUCAGAGCAUACAGAAAAGUCCAGUGGUGUUUAAACCUCCAACCAAAUCUCAGUGGCCCAAAGAAGAAGUGAACAGCACUUUAAAAGAAUGUAUCCACACCAGUCAGCCAGAUGCAUCAGUAGUAACAGAGCCAGAAACACAAGACUCCUCUGUAAUUACCCUAGUGGACUUGGAAAACCUUGAUAUUCCCCAGGAGAAAUUAGAAGAAAGUUCUUCAAUUAAAAAUGACAGUGAGCAUGAAGAAACAGCAAAUGAAAGUUCAGAUAAAGCAGUCUCUACUCUAGAUCUGAAAGUACCUGAAGCUGCUGUGAAUGUGAAAUCUGGCAUAGGGAAGGAUGGAUCAGAAAGUGCACCAGACAGCCUUGCACAGUCUCUUACACCAGAGGCAAAAGACGUGGGCUUGGAAGCCAAGGAGCAGAAAAAUGAGGACAGACAAAGCAAUACACCUUCACCACCUAUCAGCACUUUUUCCUCAGGCACAUCCACAACUAGCGACAUUGAAGUUUUGGACCAUGAGAGUGUAAUAAGUGAGAGCUCAGUUAGUUCCAGACAAGAGGCAACAGAUUCAAAAUCCAGCCUUCAUCUGAUGCAGACUUCCUUUCAGCUCCUAUCUACGUCAGCUUGCACCGAGUAUAAUCGUUUAGAUGACUUUCAAAAAAUGACAGAGAGUUGCUGUUCCUCUGAUGCAUUUGAAAGAAUAGACUCGUUCAGCGUGCAGUCGUUAGAUAGCCGAAGCGUAAGUGAAAUCAACUCGGAUGAUGAAUUAUCCGGCAGGGCUUGUGCUUCAGCGUCUAUUGCAGUCGGCCCCUCGACACCAAAGACCGAGAUGGUUGACUCCGUGAAAAAUAAAUCUGAAGAAGAAUUGAACGAGACGCUUCUUGUGCAUCCGGAGGAAACUGAAAUGGAGGAGAGCGGGAGAAGUGCAACCCCUGUUAAUUCUGAGCAGCCGGAUAUUUUGGUUGCUGCUGCUCAAACAGAUGAAGAAGAAAUGGUAAAAGUGGAGUGUACAGCGCAGCACCAAGAUGCUGAAACAUUGCCUGAACUGGACUGUGAAAAGGAAGAGCUUCGCAAGAUGGUUGAUUCGCUGACUGAGAAGCUGGGAAAGAGGGAAACCCAGUUAUUGAGUGUUAGUAAAGAGAAGGCAUGCUUAGAAGAAGCUUAUGACAACCUGAAAGAUGAAGUGAUCAGAAUGAAAGAAGAGAGCAGUAGUAUUUCAUCUCUUAAAGAGGAGUUUGCUCAGCGUAUAGCAGAUGCUGAAAAGAAGGUCCAAGUAGCAUGCAAAGAGAGAGAUACAGCAAAAAAGGAAGUAAAGACUGUUAAAGAAGAACUGGCUACUAGAUUAAAUUGUAACGAAACAGCUGAACUACUGAAGGAGAGAGAUGAACAAAUCAAAGGACUUAUGGAGGAAGGAGAAAAGCUUUCAAAACAGCAGCUGCAAAAUUCCAACAUCAUUAAGAAGCUGAGAGCAAAGGAGAAGGAGAGGGAAAACACUAAUGCAAAACAGACUAAAAAGAUUACGGAAUUAGAAGAGGAGUUACAGCUUUUGAAACAGGUGCUUGAUGGCAAGGAGGAAGUUGAGAAGCAGCAUCGAGAGAACAUUAAACACCUCAACAGUGUGGGAGAGCGGCAAGAGAAGGAUCUUAGCAGGCUUCAGGUGGAGGUGGAAGAGCUUGAAGAAAAGAACAGAAGCAUUCAGACAGCACUCGACAAUGCAUACAAAGAGCUUGCAGAGCUUCACAAAGCCAAUGCUACGAAGGACAGUGAGGCACAAGAAGCAGCGUUAAGUUGUGAAAUGAAGGCGAAAGAAGAACUUGGUUUAGCACUAGAGAAGGCCCAAGAGGAGGCCCGGCAACAACAGGAAGCUUUAGCAAUUCAGGUGGCAGACCUGAGGCUGGCAUUGCAACGGGCAGAACAGCAAGCAGCAAGAAAGGAAGACUAUUUACGCCAAGAAAUCAGUGAGCUACAACAGAGACUCCAAGAAGCAGAAAAUAGGAACCAAGAACUAAGUCAAAGUGUUACAUCUGCUACAAGGCCACUUCUCCGGCAGAUAGAAAAUCUGCAAGCAACGCUGGGAGCCCAGACCUCCACAUGGGAAAAGUUAGAGAAGAACCUUUCUGACAGGCUUGGUGAGUCUCAAUCCCUGCUGGCAGCAGCAGCUGAGCGAGAACGUGCUGCUACAGAAGAGCUUCUUUCCAAUAAAGUUCAGAUGUCUGCCACUGAAUCGCAAAACAGCCUGCUGAGGCAAGAGAACAGUCGCCUUCAGGCUCAGCUGGAAGUAGAGAAAGCCAGACUCAAGAAACUGGAAAAUGAAAACAAUAGGUAUGAGGUCGAACUAGAAAACUUUAGAAAUGAGUAUGCGAAAACCCUUGAAGAAGCAAAGAAAGAAAAGACACUGUUAGCUACUCAGUUAGAAAUGGAGAAAAUGAAAGUUGAGCAAGAAAGGAAGAAAGCCGUUUUUGUACAAGAAGCAGCAAAGGAAAAGGAACGCAAAUCAUUUUCAUUGUCGACAAUGGAAACUGUUUCGAGUACUCCAACUCUGUCACGCUCAAGUUCGAUAAGUGGAGUUGACAUGGCAGGGCUUCAGGCUUCCUUCAUCUCUCAGGAUGAUCCUCAUGACCAUUCGUUUGGAUCAGUGUCUGCAAGUGGGAACAAUCUUUAUGAUGCUAUAAGAAUGGGAGCAGGUUCAAGUAUCAUUGAAAACCUGCAAUCACAGUUAAAACUAAGGGAGGGAGAGAUUUCUCACCUACAGCUGGAAAUUGGAAACCUUGAAAAAACUCGGUCGAUAAUGGCUGAGGAACUGGUUAAAUUAACUAAUCAAAAUGAUGAAUUUGAAGAAAAAGUGAAGGAGAUACCAAAAUUGCGGGCACAGCUGAAGGAUUUGGAUCAACGGUACAACACAAUUCUCCAGAUGUAUGGGGAGAAAGCAGAAGAGGCGGAAGAACUUCGACUGGAUCUUGAAGACGUGAAAAAUAUGUACAAGACUCAGAUAGAUGAACUCUUAAAACAAAGACAA